AUGGGUUAUUGUGGGGAAAAUACUUCACGGAGAAACCUUCGCAGAGGGACCAGGACAAAAGCAAUAUAUGUCAUUAGAAAUUUCCCCAGACGGGUUUCCGUUUCUGCGGUGUUUUGUCAGCCAAAGGGGACAUUUCUUUUCUGGUGGCAGACAAUUGGCCGCACGAAUGUUCCCCACCAAACAGGACCUCAAAAUUUGUUUUCUUUUCCAGACAGUGCGGAAAAAUGCUCCAGAAUUCAAAGGGGCGAGAGAAGCAGCCGAAGAAAAAGUUUUUCCAAUUCCCCAGCAUUUCGCAUUAUCCGCUAUUUUGUUCCGGAAAGAAAAGGCAACAGCGCUCUUUCGGAAACUUCAUGUCCCAAAUGUCAGGACAAUUCCAGGGAACUGUUUCAUAUGUCGGCUCUGUCCACGGUUCCCAAAAUGCCGCUAACAGCUCUUUCUACGGUAAAUCUCUUUGAGACCCCAGUUCUGUCAUAUUUGGUCAAAUCAUAA